GAGGCGCCUCCCGUCAGGGCGCGAAUGCCACUGGCGGCGAACAAGAACUGCCAGGCCGUGCUGGGCCUGCGGCAGAGAAGGACCCUCAGGCUGGCGAGCGGCCCCGUGUUGCUCCCCGCCGUGCCCCGCAGCCCUGGUUGGUUCUGGAGCCCGCUCGGCCUCGUCACUUUCCUAAGCUUCGCAACCCGCUUUUACCGCCUGCGGGAACCGCCACACAUCUGUUGGGAUGAAACACAUUUUGGAAAGAUGGGAAGCUAUUAUAUUAACCGGACCUUUUUCUUUGAUGUCCAUCCACCUCUGGGGAAGAUGUUGAUAGGACUUGCUGGCUACCUGAGUGGCUACAAUGGUACAUUUCCUUUCCAGAAGCCGGGGGACAAAUAUGAGCAACAUAACUACGUAGGAAUGAGAGGGUUCUGUGCGUUUCUUGGUUCGUGCCUGAUCCCCUUCUCUUACCUCAUGGUGCUGGAGCUGACCAAAUCGCUGCCUGCAGCUAUGCUGACAUCUGCCUUUCUGAUUUUUGACACAGGGCUCAUUACUCUGUCUCAAUACAUUCUACUUGACCCCAUUCUGAUGUUCUUUCUCAUGGGGGCUGUACUCAGUAUGGUCAAGUAUAAUUCCUGUGCGAACAGGUCUUUUUCUGCCCCCUGGUGGUUUUGGCUGUGCUUGACUGGGAUAAACCUUGCUGGUGCAAUGGGGGUGAAAUUUGUUGGCCUUUUUGUAGUCCUCCUAGUUGGACUGAACACUAUCUGUGAUCUUUGGGAACUGCUGGGAGACCUCAGUCUGUCACUGGUCACUCUAGGGAAGCACUUCCUGGCUCGUGUACUCUGCCUCAUCAUGCUGCCACUUGCCCUCUACACGGCCAUGUUUGCUGUUCAUUUUGCAGUGUUAAAUAGAAGUGGGCCUGGAGAUGGCUUUUUCAGCUCUGGAUUUCAGUCCCGGCUGAUUGGGAACAACCUUCAUAAUGUAUCUGUUCCGGAAUAUUUAGCAUAUGGCUCUGUGAUAACAAUGAAGAACCUUCGUAUGGCAGGUGGAUACCUUCAUUCGCACUGGCAUCUGUAUCCUGAGGGAGUGGGUGCACGGCAGCAGCAGGUCACUGCAUACUUACACAAGGACUUGAAUAAUUUGUGGAUUAUAAAGAAACCCAACUUCAUCACAGAUCAUUCAGACCCUUCCUUCCCUGUGGAGUUUGUGAGGCAUGGCGAUGUUAUCCGUCUGGAACACAAAGAGACCUCUAGAAACUUACACAGUCAUCAACAUGAAGCCCCCUUGACAAGAAAGCAUCUUCAGGUCACUGGGUAUGGCAUAAAUGGAACUGGAGAUUCCAAUGACUUCUGGCGAAUUGAGGUUGUGGGAAGAAAGGCUGGGAAACGUAUCAAAGUCCUCCGUAGUCAAAUCCGACUGAUUCACCUGGCUACAGGCUGCAUCUUGGGUUCAACUGGAAAGACGCUACCCAAAUGGGGCUGGGAGCAGGUGGAAGUCACUUGUACUCCAUAUCAGAAGGAGACUCCUAAUACUCUCUGGAAUGUCGAAGAUCACAUUAAUUCCAGGCUGCCCAAUAUCAGUUUGGAUGUUCUGAAGCCUUCCUUUCCAGAGAUCCUGCUGGAAUCGCACGUGGUUAUGAUCCGAGGAAACAGUGGCCUCAAACCAAAGGAGAAUGAAGUCACUUCCAAACCCUGGCACUGGCCCAUCAAUUAUCAAGGUCUGCGUUUUUCCGGAGUCAAUGAAACUGACUAUAGGGUUUAUUUGCUGGGAAACCCGGUGAUCUGGUGGAUGAACCUAAUCACUAUUGGCUUGUAUGUUAUCAUGGCAAUAUCUGUAUCUGUGGCUUUGAAGAGGGGAGUUCAGCUGACAGCUGAGCACAAAGAGCUUUCUCUAGUCCUGUUGCAUGGCGGAGGAAGGAUUAUGUUGGGAUGGCUUCUCCAUUAUCUUCCUUUCUUCAUGAUGGGCAGAGUACUCUAUUUUCAUCAUUACUUCCCUGCCAUGCUUUUCUCCACCAUGUUGACAGGGAUUACAUGGGAUGUAUUCCUGAAAUUUUGCACUAGGCCUCUGUCAGCCAGCAUCCAGACUAGAAAUGUUUAUAAUUAUGGGAUAGUGAUGCUGAUCCUGUUCAGUAUAUGCGGCUUCUACCUCUUCCAUCCUCUCUCUUAUGGGAUGGUAGGACCUCUGGCUUCUGAUCCGAACAGCCCAAUGGCAGGGCUUAGGUGGUUAGAGACAUGGGAGUUCUAGAUCUAGCCUGAAAGAAGAAGGGAAUAAAAUAGAAGAACAGAAGUGGUGAAACAUUUCUACCCACUCGCUGAGCCCGAUGAAGAAUCUCUUCCCCGGCAUCAUUUCUGUGCUGAUACAGUGGACUGUUCACCUUGAGCCCUGAGAAAAGGAGGAUGCAACCAUGAAGGAGAACCUCUGCCAUGGGGCCUCAGUUACUUGAGCCAGCUGCUACUUUAAAGUUUGAACCAUCCAAGCAAUAUGCUAACAAUCAAACAGCUGUGGCCUGCCUCAACAGCAGUGUCGUUUUGUUUGAGUUUGAGGAGGCAUGUGCUUUGCGAGGGUAUAGCUAUAGUCUGCUUGACUCUGCUCAUGUGUGAUUUAACGGAGUGCAAGAAAGAUCAAAUAUACGUAGAGAGGAAACAACCUUCUGAGAUCAGGAUAGUUUGCAUCCAAUAACUCUUACUGUGAUGUUUUUAAAGGUAGGUGUGUGCGUUUGUGUGCCCAUGUGUAUGUGUUCCCAGAAGAAUUAUCUGAUGGCUGCUCUGAGCUUCAGGAAAUUGGACUUAAAAUGUCGCAAGAGCUUGAAGCUUUCUAAGAUUCUGUGCCUUGCUUGCCCCUCCAACCAGAAGGCAAUGAAUACUUCAUAUCUUUGUAUAACGAUUUUGCUCUCUGAGAACAACUUAAAAGAACCGUACAGCUACCUGAAAGAACUCAUAUGGAAAUGAAAUUGCAGCAUUCUGGUCAUCACGCUGAACUUUUCUUUAAAAAGCUCCAAAGCAGAGAGAUAAUUUUUUUGUUUUUAUUUUCGUUUCCUUGCCCUAAAUUCCUCUGACAGUGAGGAGUGGUGCCUUUGAGGAGGAUGCAAAAGUUACAUAAUAGGUUAGAGCUGUCACCCAUCCUAUUAAUCUCACUGCCUACUUACACUUCUUCCUGUGAGAAAGCUGGUAGCUCUUUAAUGAAUGUAGGGUGUGCAGAAUAUGCUGCUAACACCAUCGUAUUGGCAUACUGAUUCUUUCUUUAAUGCAUAUUACUUUUGAGGAGGAAUUAACCUCUUUGCUAUGAAUAAGCUAUCUAGAAAAAAAGGGGGUUAUAGCCUUGGGGCAGAACAAAACUCUUCUGCUGGUUAGUGGAGAGAGCUUUACUUAAUCCACUUCUGAGCAUUUGCAAGAAUAAAAAAAGGUCGGAAUGAGGCGUUAUCCUGCAAAAUGUCCUUUUGGUUCCAGUCUUGUGCAUCAGAUUUCUCUGGAACAAAUUUGGCUUCAGCUCCACUUACAUGGGUCCCUUGAAACCUCCUUUGCUCAUGUGUUGAGGCCAAUUUGAGGCCGUCCAAUAAUUCAUUUUAGCAUCUGUAUUAAAGCUUGAAGCCUGCCACUUCCUCUCCCCCUGUACCAUCUAUCAUCAAAGGGCUAUCUCUGUUGGCAUGGAGACUAAAUGCCAACAUCCCCAGGAGAGGCUGGAUGGCUGUAAUGUCUGUGACUAUUUGAGGCUCAGGCUGCCAGAUCCAUUAGGAGGGGAAAUACAGGACUGUAAUUAGUUAGUUUGGCUGAACUUGUGUAAGAAUGCCAUGAGCAACCCUUUUGUAAAUGACAGUAGUUUGCAUUUUCAUCCCUUACAGUGUAUAUUAGCACAAAUGAUAAAGAGUUCCAGCCCUUUUUAUUUUACCUCCUUGUUGAUAGCUACUUCGAAUUACUGCAAUGAACUACUGGUUUUGAUAGACUUACAAUUUCCUAUGGCAGGAGCCCCUCUCCUGUGGCUGACCUGGGACCUCAGAGUCAUAUAUAGAAAAAGGGAGGCCACGAAAACUUCCCAUUAUUCUGCAUCUCUGCUGCUGGAGGAGACAGCAGAUUGCAAGUACAAUAGAUUCUAAGCAGUAGCAAUACAGUUGAUUUUCAUAGGAAGGCAGUAUAAUAGGAAAGAGUUACUAAGAGGUCCUGGUCACCUUAUACCUCCAAUAAGGGCUCGAAUGUUACUCUUAAUUAGAUUUCUCUGAAGCGGGGUCCCAUCAUUGAACUAUUCCAUUUUAUAUUUAUUUUGAGAUUCUGUUUUAUUUUAUUUUUGGGGUAUUUUCUAAAGCAAUUAAAAGUGUGCACCCUUUAGAGCCAUGGUUGCUUUUUGGAGGAGGAGACCCAUUUCUUUCCUCCUUUAAGAAGGAGAGGUGGACCAGGGUAAUAUUUUUACUACUUAAUUCAAAGUUUCAAGCAAGGCUGUCUGUACAUUUCUCCCUGGGGUUCUGCAGUAGUCCAGUGGAUGACUGUUCAGUGUAGCCUUGCCUUGCAUUUUGAGAGCUCUCAUUCCCACAACACACUACUGUCUAGAGCAGUUACUUCGUUUUAAGUUUCUCUGAUAGGACUGCUUUACAUCUGUGGAAAGGGACAGUAAACCUAGGACCAGAAUGUUAAGAGUAGGCGUCAGAUUUGUCAUUCCUAUUGGAUGACACUCAAAGAAUGAUGUUCAGCAUACUACAUUAGGAGUACUUGUAAGACACUGGUCCAUCUGAAGGUACGUUUCUAGUAAAAACCUCUGGAGGGUCCCCUUAACUCUUCCAGUACUAAUUACAGAGCAAAUAACUGGUUUAUGGGGCAAAUAGCUGCGGUCCUGAGUUGCUUUGAGUUAAAGUGCCUUAACUGUGGACAGGUAGUCUUCCACUUGGUGGAGGGCACUAAUGGAUGCUGGGAAUCCCUAGCCCAUUACCACCUUACCACACAUUAUGUUCUGGCUUACCUGGGCUUUUAAAUCUUAGCUUAGUUACUCCACAUGUGUUUGCCACAUAGAACUAAUAAACAAUAACACCCUCCAGCUUUUUCUGUUCUUUCUAAACUCCCAAAGUAGAAGAGGGUACAUAUCACAUUAUGUGUUUUCUAGGCUGAAAAAUUGCCCCGUAGAAGGCAGGCCUCUGCAGAAUACAUCCAUUAUGUUUACAGUGGGCUGGAACGUCGAUGCUUUCCCAAAAUGUUGUAUUUAUAAGAACAUUCAGUGGCUUCAUCUAUUAUAGCUUCCUAGCCUCUGGAUCCAGCAGUCAGAACUGCAGAUUUAAAAAUAUUCUGGAAUUGCCUCCCCCAAUGCCCCCCAGAACACAGGGAAAUCGAUCAUGGUGGACUGUGUGCCUACAUAAAAGAUUGUCUCAAGGAGGUUAGACAAUUGUACAGUCUUUUCUUCCAUAUUAGAAUGGGACUAGUAAUUAUGAUUCUACAAUAUUCCUGCUAGAGAUGAGGAAGGAAAAAAUCAGCAAUAAAAAACCCUGCCCUGCUUCUUGUGAGAUAGCAGUUGGGUAUCUUUUUCCCCUGGGCAGUUCUUUAUCCUAAAUAAGCUUCUCAUUCUGUGUGUUGUAGUCAAGAAUUUCAUGUCCAGAGCAAGGCAGAUGAUUGUCGGAAACCCCACGGCCUGAGUUCGAUCCCAGCGGAAGCUGGUUUUAGGCAGCCGGCUCGGGUCGACUCAGCCUUCCAUCCUCCCGAGGUCGGUAAAAUGAGUACCCAGUUAGCUGGGGGAAAGGUAAUAACGGCCGGGGAAGGCAACGGCAAACCACCCCGCUAUAAUGCCUGCCAAGAAAACGUCAGUGAAAGCUGGCGUCCCUCCAAGAGUCAGUAAUGACUCAGUGCUUGCACGAGAGGUUCCUUUCCCUUUUCCCUUAACUGGUAGGUAGGCGGAGCUGAACUACUCAUUCAGAUAUAUCUCUUGGCACAAGCCCUUCACGAGCUGCAGCUCUAUCUGUAUCCCUUCAGAUACACCUGGAAGAUCACAAGUUUGAAUAUUUCUCCACAUUAAAACUACAACAACAAACUUGCACAUACACAACUAGUACAUCAGGUAGGUUUGGAUAAAACCCUUCUCUCUCACAUGAUAGUUUUCCACAGGUGAAGAGUUUGAGUUUAUGAAGAUGAGGAACAUUCAUGCAGUCUCUUGCCCUGUUCUGAAGGAAGGGCUGUACCAUAUAUUAUUUCUGAAUGUGUAGUUGUAGUUCAACUAACUUGAUUGCUUCAAAAGAGUGAUUUAAAUGCUGCCUUAGGCAACAAUGUGUCUGAAGGUAGUAGGCCAGUUGUCUACUAACCCUAGACGACUUUCUGCAUUGUGAUUUUUUUUGUUUACAAAUGCUGCUAAUACUGGUGUGUGUGUGUGUGUAUUUGUCUUUUGUACAUGACUACCAUCUUGUAUUUUUAAGUGAACAUAUUUCAUUGAUCUGCAGUGUACGUGGUACUAAAUGAAAGGAAAUUGCCUUUGGAGUGGCAUUGCUUUUUGUAAAGUGAUUAAUUGAGAAUAGGAUAGAAUUUACAGUAUCCUUUUUGUAAUAAACAGGUUUUCUUU